AUGGAUAAAACUCUUUUGCACAGCAAGCAUUAGACUGACGUGGAUAUUAAUUAAUUUUCAUAAAAAAGAUACUUACUGCACAAUGCGGCGGCUUUCUCGCUAGGAGUAGCAUUAACUUAUGCAAUGUGUUCAUAAACAUAGCCAACUUGCUUAGAUCAUAAAUUGGAUGGAUUAGAAGAUACCUAAUCACUCUGGCUUGUCGAACCCAAAAAUAAGUACUUAUGGAAUUUCACAAGUCCACUUUAGAGGCUUACUUGGAACCAAGCAAGCCACUUUACAGAUAUAUCCGCCUCACCUAAUGGAGAUCUUUAUGGUAUCUAAGACUAUGGAGUUGGCAGUAGUCUGAGCAGACUUGGCUACUUUUUCAAUUUCGUCAAAGGAGUUUGGAAUUAAUUUGACAAAGAUUUCUAAAUUAAAGAUAUAAAAUUUGAUAAGGUAGGUAACUAUUACCUCUUAGAUACUUAGAACUAAUUAUAUGCUAAGAAUUCUAAGACUAAGGUCAUACUAAAGAAUAUUAAAGACUACGAAGUCACUGUUACGGGUUAAAUUUAUGCAAUCUCAACAAACAUAAAAGAGUCAAAUUCAUAAUAAUAGUUAAAUGCUUGGAUCCAAGGUGAAGGAUUCUAGUAUAAACUUUUAUCAUCUGCUUAGUUCUCUAAGCUUGGCUUGAAAGAUGAGAUGCCAAUCUACGUUGAUAAUAAUAGUACAACUGUAGGCUAUGGCUAUCAAUGCGUGAAAGAUUUAGCUGUUGGUGUCGACGGAAGUGUCUGGGCUCUAAGUUGCACCAAAGAUUCAGAAUCGUAAGAUUUCUAACUUAUUAAAUGGGACCCUUUUACUCUGUAAUGGUAUGAUGUGAUGGAUACCUCUGGAAUUAAGAUUGCUGCUUACAACGAGAUAUCUAUUUCUAUUCUAGAUUCAUCUGGAAGAAUAAGAUUCUCUUCAGAGAAAGAUAGAUACAGUGACAUCGAUUAUUAUUAGAGAAAAUCAACCACCAAUCUUUUCAAUGACUCAAAAAUCUUGAACGAAACUAGCUUGGACUUCGUUCAAAGUCUCUUAGUUAAACAAUACUCAAUGUCCAUUCUUUGUUACAGAGCGAGCAGAGAUGGAUUUGCCUCUUAAAAUUUCCAUUCAGGUUGUGAUUACAAAGGACCGACAUUGACCAUCGUAAAGACUACUAAUGGAUAAGUUGCAGGGGGAUAUACCUCCUAAUCAUGGAAAUCAGUUAACAAUUAUGUUGCUGACAAAGAUGCUUUCCUAUUCUCUGCUGAAAUUGAGGUUCAAAUUCCAGCUUUAGGUUCUAACGCCAUCUAUGAUCAUGUUAGUUAUGGCCCCACUUUUGGAAGUGGUCAUGAUUUCUAUGUUUCUUCUGGCUCAAAUGCAAAUCAAAACAGCUAUACUAAUUUGGGAAAUGCGUACAAGCCAGCUGAAGGUACAUUGUAUCAAAAUAAUGAUGCUAGGACUUAUCUCCUUGGGUAAUACAGCUUUAUCACAUUUGAGAUUGAAGUAUAUUACCUUCUUUGA